AACUCACCAAAACCAGCCCAGUCCUGUUUAGAGCAUAAGCUUGAAAACAGAAACAAUAAUGGCGACGGUGGCCGGACUACCAAAGUACGUGGUGCUGAAGAACAAGUCCGUGGGGAAAUACCUCCACUUCCUCUGGAACGACGAGUUCGGCGACUUCUACAAGGACCUGGGGUGCAAGCGCGACGUCGACGAGGUCAGCCCGUUCAUCCAGUUGGAGGUGGUCCCCUCCGCCGCCGACCCGUCCCUGAUCCACCUCCGCUGCUCCUACAACAGCAAGUUCCUCCAGCUCACCACCAAGUACGGCGUCUCGUGCAUCUCCGCCACCGCCGACGCCGCCGACGAGGACAAGGCCAGGGCCACCUCCACGCUGUUCCAGCCCCUCUUCCCCGCCGGCGAGCCAAACACCGUCGGGUUCAUGCACGUGCAGACCCAGUGCCACCUCCGGUAUUUUUACAACGAGGGCUACGGCGACAUCAACUACGUCGCCUGCGUCUACGCCGACGAAGGGUACGGGUUCGACCGCUACGAGUUCGCGGCCUGGGAGUCGUACGAGGACAAGACGAAGAAGAAGAAGGACGAGGAGAUCCAGAAGCUCAAAGACGGCGGCGACGGGGAGAGCCUCACCGCGGAUGCGAUAGUGGCGGAUCUGAGGAAGGACAUCGCCGAGCAGAACGCGCAGCUGGAGGCAGCGUACAAGGAGAUUGCGGCCUUGAAAGUAGCGGCCGGCCAGUGAGUUAGUACAAGGAAGGAGAUCACUUGUGCAUCCUGAGAGAUCAUUACACCAGGGCCCAGGCUGCCAUUCUAGUUUGAUCUGGAGGCAUUAUAUGGAUUUCUGUUAUGUAAGAUUUCUGGUGUUUUGGAAGAUUGGGUGAAGUUGUGUCAUUGUGCGUGGGUAUAUGUGUCAUUGUAUUGUAUGAUGGUUGAAUUAAAAAUAAACUAAUUCGCUUUGA